GUUCAGCUUGCAGAGGGUCUAAACCGAGCGCACUCGAUUUUUCUCCGCUACAUUGUCGUUGUUUUUACCGUCGUAAUCGAUUGGACGCGUUGCGGGUGUGCGAGCAGGCAGCGAACCGUCAGCGGAAGGCCGCGUGGUCUGCGAGAAACGAGAUCGGUGUUCGCAAGCGGCGUAUCAGUCGGUCGUCCGAUCGUCGAGCGAUUCGGCCGUAUCCGCAGCGAGCGACGGCCGACGUUGCUCGCUUUCGUUGAAAGUUCACCGGUCGGUGAAGAACCGAGGUUCGUCGACGUUCGACCCCCGGGCCAAUCGAGUGACCCGUUCCUCUUCCAGGAAACAACAUGCCAGAUGGACUUUUCAUCGUUCUGGCGAUCGCCGCCUUGACCGAUGCCGCCUCCAUCGGACAUGCCAACUUCAAGGCCACGGACUGCGAUAGCGAGAUCUACUGCACCGGAGAAUUAUUGAAAACGAUUCAGCUGGCCACAAUCUUUCCUGACAGCAAAACGUUCGUCGAUCUUCAUCAGUUGCACGAUCCUGAGGUCACGUUGGCCAACUUCGACCGGUUGAUGAACGCAACGAAUAAUAAACCAAGUCGAUCGCAGCUGACUCAAUACGUUAAUGAGAAUUUCGCAUCGUCGAACGAGCUGGUGAAUUGGACACUGCCAGAUUGGACGGACAAUCCCUCGAUCUUGAAACGCAUCCAGGAACCGAAAUAUCGAGAGUGGGCGAGACACCUGAAUGAAAUUUGGAAGGAUCUUGCGAGGAAAAUGACCUCUGAUGUGAAGGAUCAUCCGGAUAGACACAGUCUGAUUUACGUGAAAAAUGGAUUCAUUAUCCCUGGAGGUCGAUUUAAAGAGUUUUACUACUGGGACAGCUAUUGGGUGAUUGAAGGGCUGUUGUUAUCCGACAUGUAUCAAACUGCCAGAGGAAUGAUAGACAAUUUCGUGGACAUGGUGGAGAAAUAUGGGUUCAUACCCAACGGGGGUAGAAUUUAUUACCUGAUGAGGAGCCAACCACCCCUAUUACAUCACAUGGUAUCGAGGUACUUGGAUUUCACGGGGGACUACGAGUACCUCGGUUCGAUUCUGCCUAUGUUGGAGAAGGAGUUUACGUUUUGGCAACAACGGAAGAUGAUCGAGGUUACGAAGGACGGGAAAACAUACAAGAUGGGACAUUACGUUGUAGACAGCGCCAGACCGCGACCGGAAAGUUAUAGGGAGGACUACAACUUGGCACAGCUGCUACCAGAAAAAUCGCGUGAUUUCUUAUACAAUAAUCUAAAGGCGGGCGCCGAAAGCGGAUGGGACUUCUCCAACAGGUGGUUUUUGGCCAACAACAAAAACGAAGUGCCCACUUUACUAAACAUUAGCACACAGUACAUUAUACCUGUCGACCUGAAUGCGAUCCUGCAACAGAACGGACGGCUCCUCAGCGAAUUUCACACUCUCCUGGGAAACAGUGCGAAAGCUCAGUAUUACGCGAAGAUCGCGACGGAACUUCAGAUUGCCAUCGACAAUGUCUUGUGGUGCGAGGAGGACGGCAUGUGGUUCGACUACGACAUGAAAAAUGGCAUAUCCAGGAAGACGUUUUACCCGUCGAAUCUUGUGCCGUUGUACACCAAAAGCUACAAUCGACAUCUGCGAGAACUGUACGCGCUGCGGGCUAUCGAUUACCUGAGAAGAAACUCUAUCGAUAAUUACUUCGGUGGAACACCCACGUCCCUAAAUCAGACGGGAGAACAAUGGGAUUUUCCAAACGCUUGGCCACCACUACAAUCGUUCAUUGUGAUGGGUCUUUACUGGACCGGGGUGAGAGAAGCAAUGGAGUUCGCCGAUGAAUUGGCAUCUAGAUGGCUCGGCUCUAAUUACGUCGGUUAUGCGGAAACUGGAAACAUGUAUGAAAAAUACGAUGCGAUUAUACCUGGUCAAGGAGGCGGUGGAGGAGAAUACAAUGUACAAACGGGUUUUGGAUGGACCAAUGGAGUGGUCCUCGAGUUCCUGAACACCUUCUCGGCCAUCAAAGGGAGAGAGCCCAGAAACACCAGUGAUUUUUUCACGGUGAUGGAAGAAUAACAGGUUUCAUAGAUGACAAUGCAACGUGUGUUUUCCAACGAAUCUAGUCUACACGGAAAAAACAGGGCAGCGCAUUUUGCAAGACCCACCGUUCAACCCCACGUAUGCUUUAAGAGAAUCUUCUCUUUGUCUCACAAUUCGUGAUCGAACAUUCUUGUUCGCGUUGAUAGUAGGUGUUUGUACUUACAGUUGGCUGUACAAUUACCCGGUUUGGCUCGGUUCUGUUCUUGCAACGUAAGCACCGUAGAUCUGGGUGAAAGUCAAUUCGCGCUAAACAAUGCCGUCUAACACCACACAAGACCAUAAAAGAAAUAUUUGCAAACAGUAAAAAAUACUUCACAAAAUUUUCAUUUGUUUAAAGAAAAAUGUUUAAGGUUAA